GCAGUCUGCGUGAGCGCGGACUCACUCAGACGUCGGGAGGCUGCGGCGUCUCCUCCACCUGCGCAUCCGACGCUCCUCGUCUGCGAGCUGCACGCGGGCAGACAUGAGUCACGAGACCAAAUUCCCCGUUCAGUUUGGAAUAUUCAACCUCAGAGCCACGACGGCUUUUAUCAGCUGGAGAUGAACUCCCAGAGACAUGUGGGUCUCAGCUUGUUGUUCGCGGUAAGAAUCGGCGCCUCAUGAGAAGUUUGUCAGGAGCUGACUGAAGGAGGACAUCCUGCGGUUCCGAUUUGCUGCUGAGACCGCCGGGUUCGUUCAACUCUACGGUUGUUGUGACGGAGGCUGAGGGUUGCAUGCCUCAGUGCCAGGAAACUGCAUUCAGAAGGAGACCUCUGCGAAGGAAACCCAAAGACGAAUCGGGAGGAUGGAGGACGGAGCUGAAGAGGACCGCACACGGGAGAACAGAGGCUGUGAUGGCACAGACAGGCAAAGUCACACCUCUCCCUGCACAAGUCUGAGGAUAUUUCUAGUAGCAUUGUCCUUUGCUUAUUUUGCAAAGGCUUUGUCAGGAAGCUACAUGAAGAGCACAAUAACUCAGCUGGAGAGACGCUUUGACAUCCCCAGUUACCUAAUAGGAGUCAUUGACGGUAGCUUCGAGAUAGGCAAUCUACUGGUGAUAGCUUUUGUGAGUUAUUUUGGCGCCAAACUCCACAGGCCAAAGAUCAUUGCUAUGGGUUGCGUACUGAUGUCUAUUGGGACCUUCAUCAUCGCUCUGCCCCACUUUAUCAUUGGACGCUAUGAAUAUGAAACGUCAGUGCGGUGGGAUGAGAAUUCAACACUCAGCCCGGCGCCUUGUCGGGCGGGUUUGCCAGCAGAGCUGACACAAGACGGCAAACGCCUUCAAGAACAAUCCACAGACUGUGAAAGUGAGUCUAAUCUGUCAAUGUGGAUAUAUGUACUCCUGGGAAAUGUCUUGCGAGGGAUUGGAGAGACACCCGUCCAGCCUUUGGGGAUCUCCUACAUCGAUGACUUUACUACUGAGGAAAAUGCUGCACUGUAUGUUGGCUGUGUGCAGACUAUCUCUGUUGUUGGUCCCGUGUUUGGAUAUCUACUGGGUUCCCUUUGUGCCAAAAUCUAUGUGGACAUUGGAUUUGUCAAAAUGGAGUCCAUUACCAUCACCCCAGCUGAUUCCCGCUGGGUGGGCGCGUGGUGGCUGGGAUAUCUCAUAGCUGGAGUCAUCACUCUACUUUCUGCCAUCCCUUUCUGGUUUCUGCCUCGCUCUCUUCCCGUCCCUGGGCCCCACGUUCAGCGGAAGGUCAAUAAAGAGCAGAAAGGCUUCAUGAAGGACCCCCCUCAUUUAAAGCAAAAAUAUACAGCAAAUGAACAUACCAGUUUUGUGGAGAUGGCAAAGGACUUUAUUCCAACUCUGCGAACUCUGCUGGCACACCCCGUGUAUCUGGUCUACCUGUGUGUGACCGUCAUCCAGCUGAACUCUCUCAUCGGCAUGGUCACAUACAAACCCAAGUACAUAGAGCAGCACUUCAGGCAGUCUGCCUCCAAGGCCAACUUUCUGAUGGGAGUGAUCAAUAUUCCUGCUGUGGCUCUGGGUAUGUUUUCCGGUGGGUUGCUGAUGAAGAGGUUUAAGCUCAACAUCAUGGGAGCAGCCAAGUUUGCUUUCAGCACUUCCCUGAUCGGUUACGUCCUGUCAAUGUUCUUCUUCGCCAUGAGCUGCGAGAAUGCCAAGGUGGCCGGGGUGACGCUGUCAUACGAUAGCAUAGAUGAGAUCUCUUAUGAUAAACACUCAGUGUUCGCGGCCUGCAACAAAGACUGUGUUUGUUCAUCAAACGAGUGGGACCCAGUUUGUGGGGAGAACGGCAUCACAUAUCUUUCCCCGUGUCUUGCGGGCUGCAGCACCUACGCAGGAUCGGGAAAAAACACAGUCUUCUCUAACUGCAGCUGCGUUGGGGUGGGCGGUAACCUUACAGCCAACACAGGCCAGUGCCUCGACAAAGACGACUGCGACUCCAUGUUCCCUUACUUCCUGGCUCUCUCCGUCAUCACCUCUUUCAUCAUCUCUCUUGGAGGAACUCCAGGCUACAUGCUUCUCAUCCGGUGUAUUAAACCAGAGUUGAAGUCUUUGGCGUUGGGUUUUCAUGCUUUGGCAACACGCACACUUGCAGGAAUCCCAGCACCCAUCUACUUUGGAGCAAUCAUUGACACUACGUGUCUUAAAUGGGGUCAGAAAAAGUGUGGAGGUAUAGGAGCCUGCAGAAUCUACAACACCACCGCCUACAGAAUAGCAUACCUGGGACUGACUCUGAGCCUGCGAACAGUUUCGUUCAUCAUCUGCAUCCCAGGCUUCAUCCUGCUGGGUCGACAGCUAAAGAAAGAGGAGCGGGACGCCAUGCACGGUGCUUUGUCUAACGGAGGAACUGAACUAGAAGCACUCAGGAAGGAAGAGUGUGUGAUUCUGAAUUCUGACCAACCACUGCAUCCACCAGAAAACAGCACAGACAGGCACACCCGGCUGUGACAGGUCCAGCAGAACUGGCUCCCCCUGUUGGUCCAGCCAGCAUGUGCUCAUCACUUUCAGAUCCACACCCAAAGUAUGUACAAAGUGACACUGUGCAGAUGCUCAAACACUAAUGAAAAUGGCAGGGAAUCAACGUUGUCUUGUGUAAGGCAUAAAAUUUAUAUUUGUA